AUGGCUGAAUACUGGAUAGAGGCCACCGAAAAGAUCAUGGAUGACCUUGACUGCACCCCUGUUCAACAGCUAAAAGGUCCAGUAUCUUUGUUGAGAGAUGAAGCUUACCAAUGGUGGCUUACUGUCAAAGAGGGCACUCAAACUAAUCGAUUGACCUGGGAAUUUCUGAACUUAACUCAAGGAGAUAGAAUAGUGGCUGAAUAUGAGGCUGAAUUCUUGCGGCUGAGCCACUAUGCUCGUGGAAUGGUGGCAACAGAAUACGAGUGGUGUGUUUGGUUUGAAGAUGGCCUGAGAGAUAGUAUAAGGGUUCUGAUAGCGCUUCAGAGGGAGCAAGAUUUUGCAGCACUGGUUGACAAGGAAAAAUCACCGAGGAUGAAACGCCAUCAGGGCCAAUGUUGGAAAAGGAUGGGUGCAUGUCUGAGAUGUGGAUCAGUGGAGCACUGUGUCAAGGAUUGUCCACGAAGGCCCGAGCAGGUGCAAGCUACUUGUUUUGGUAAUGUUCAACGAGGUGGUCAGCAACCACCGAGAGACGCUCCAGAUGUUAUUACUGGUACGUUCUCUGUCCAUAAUAUACCUUAUACUGCAUUGAUUGAUGUUGGGUCUACACAUUUGUAUAUAGCAUGCUCUGUGUCUAGGAUGUUGAGUAUUAUGGCUGAGAACACUAUGAGUGAUAUUACUAUUUUAAGUCCGUUGGGGCAGUCCGUUCGGAUAGAUAGGGUAUUUAAAGAUGUUCCUUCGGAGAUACAAGGAGUUAUCUUUCUGGCCGAUCUUAUGGAGCUGCCUUUCAGAGAAUUCGACCUAAUAUUGGGCAUGGAUUGGGCCGAGAAGUUGGUUCGCAAGGGUUGUGAGGCGUUCUUGGCCUACGUUAGUGUUUUAGAUGUUGGGGACUCUUCGGUAAAGGAUAUCAGGACUGUUAAGGAAUUUUCAGACGUCUUUCCGAAAGAGUUACCGGGGUUACCUCCAGAACCUGACGUGGAGUUCGGGAUUGAGCUCCUUCCUGGUACAGCUCCGGAGAAACAAUUGUAUCCCAAUUUCAGCAAGUGUGAAUUCUGGUUACGUGAGAUAACGUUUCUUGGUCAUGUGGUAUCUGCUGAGGGGAUUAGGGUUGACCCUCAGAAAAUUGAGGGGUUCUCACUAAUUACCGUGCCUUUAGCUAAGCUGCUUCAUAAAGGCAUACCUUUUAACUGGACUGAUGAGCAACAAGAGAGCUUUGCGAAGCUCAAGAAAAUAGAUGAUCAGUCGGAGGGGGUGAUUCAGAUACUAGAGGACAUGUUAAGGAGUUGUGUAAUUGAAUUCCGGGGUAGUGGGGAGGAUUACUUGCCGUUAGCAGAGUUUGCUUAG